CUGACCCCCGGUCAAAUUGAGGGAAUGAUAUUCAAUGGACAAUCAAUCAUCAUCGUCGACCAGAAAGUCCUGCGCCUCGACGCGUGGAUCCCGUACCAUCCGGGAGGCCACAAAACAAUCGAGCAUAUGGUCGGGAAGGAUGCGACGGACGAGAUUUCAGUGUUCCACUCAGAGGAAACGCGCCGGCAAAUGGAUCGAUACCAGAUCGGCAGGGUUGAAGGUCGUUGGCAUAACUUCGUGCCACCUAUCCAGGGGGGCUCUUUUCGGCCUUAUCAAGAGACCUCGGAGGCACAAGGAGUGACCAUGAGUCGAGAAGAAUCCGCAAAUGUUUCUCUCGGUCCGGGUGACACAUCGGAUGUAGGCGCCUCAGAACUCAACUAUCGGCGCCUUCCCCAGCAACCUCAGGAAUCUCAAGGGGAAAAACAGGGAGGAUUGGCCUUUCUCGAUACGCAGACUAAAGACGAGGUCACUUUGACACUCACUCGGUAUCCAUCGCUUGAUCUGUCGACUCAAAACAAGAUCAUUGAGAAGUACCGUCAUCUGCAUGACCAAAUCCAGGCCGAAGGCCUGUACCAUUGCAAUUACUCUGCAUAUGCCUGGGAGUUUGGACGCUGUUUUCUACUUGUCAGCAUCAUGCUGCUAUUCCUUCACGCUGGGUGGUAUUGUACUAGUGCCGUUUUCCUCGGGUUGUUCUGGUCGCAGAUGGUUUUUGCCGCCCAUGAUGCUGGCCACAUGGGCAUCACCCAUGAUUUUUUUAUCGACAACUUGAUUGGAAUGAUAAUCGCAGCCCCAAUUGGAGGCUUGUCAUUGGGCUGGUGGAAACGUACUCAUAAUGUCCACCACAUCGUCACCAAUGCCCCGGAACAUGACCCUGACAACCAGCACCUGCCGGUCCUCGCCGUGAAUCACAGAUUUCUCGGGAAUAUCUUUUCCACCUACCAUGGGCGCCUGUUGCCAUAUGAUAAGGCGGCUCAAUUCUUCGUUCAAUAUCAAUCGUACCUCUACUAUCCCAUUCUGAUGUUUGGGCGGUUCAACCUCUACGUGCAAUCUUGGGUCUUUCUCGCGCAAGGCCAAGGCCCCCGAAAAGGCUCUGCGUGGUGGCAUCGCUGGUUUGAGAUUGCAGGAAACCUUGUCUUCUGGCUCUGGUUUGGCUACGGAAUUGUCUACCAAUCCAUUCCGACAGCCUGGAGUCGGGUUGCGUUUGUGAUGGUUAGCCAUAUGGUCACCAUGCCACUCCAUGUCCAGUUUACCCUAUCUCACUUUGCCAUGUCGACAGCCGAUUUGGGUCCGCAUGAGUGCUUUGCCCAGAGAAUGCUCCGAACUACCAUGGAUGUCGAUUGUCCGGAGUGGUUGGAUUUCUUCCAUGGUGGUCUUCAGUUCCAGGCCAUUCAUCAUCUGUACCCUCGGAUUCCCCGACACAACCUCCGACGCACACAGAAGCUCGUCCAACAAUUUUGUCGGGAGGUCAACAUCCCAUAUGCGCUCUAUGGGUUCGUGGGCGGUAACAAGAAGGUAGUGGGCAGUCUUGCGGAGGUGAGUCGACAAGCCGCUAUCCUUGCCAAAUGCCAGCAGACAGUUGCACAAAGAGCGGAUCUGAUCCAUGGCCACUGAACAUUGAGUUGCUUCAGCCUUGGUUGCU